AUGCUCUUCACAUAUCUUCUCCCUAGUCUUCUCGUUACUUCUGCAGUAGCCCUCCCAGUCGCGGACAUUGGUGAAUCCGAGGACAACCUCGUACUCUUCAAGCGUGAUGAUAUCCUCAGUGCGCGCGAUAUUGAGCUCGCCAACAUCCACGGUGUUGACCUUACUGAGAUGUAUAAGCACUCAAUGAUCAAACGAGACGAUGGAGACCACAUCGUUGUUUGGGUUGCCCGUGACUUCAUUGAGGCCAACGAUGAGCAGGGCGUUAGCAAACGCCAAUCUGCCCGCCCCGGUACCAAGAGUGACUUCACUUCUGACAACAAGGCCGACUAUUGCCGCGAUCACACAAGGCAUGACCAAACAGGUCCAAACGGGCCAUACUCUGGUGGCGUCCAGGCCAUGUAUGACUGGGCUCGUAACCACUCAGGUGGCAGAUGGCCUCUUACUUCCAGCUGGAAGAACCUCGUCCUCGCCGGCUCAAACAGUGGAGCCAACGCUCUCUAUAAGGCCAAGACCACUGGCGGUGAGACCAGUAUCGGCACUAAAGAUGUGCGAAACGACGCGGACUGGACUCGGAAUAGGGCUCGUGAAUUCAGUGGCCGCGGAUGGAGGGCUUCUUCCAAAGGCGGGGAGACUUGCGGUUUGCAGGUGCGCAUCAACUACGAAAUCGUCAAGACUGAUUAUAAGCUCUGA